GAAAGCAGUUGUUGUCCGAUGGGCUACAGUUAGUUAUUUUGAUUUUCAGUAGCACUUUUCCGGGUUGAUACAAGUAGAUGACGUAUAUUUUUGAGAUUUUUAGUGAUGAUAUGAGUGGACUUUGAGAUAAAGUGCGUGAAUUCGGGAGUGCUAGACAAUGAUUAACGCGUUUAUGGACUCUGGACACCAUCAUCUUAGUGCGUAUGGGUUGAAAAUGUCGCCUGGACAUAAUGGUGGAGGUGCAACGAUACCGGCGCCUCACCAGAAUCCGGCGGCGGCGAUGACGGCUCCGGAUGUGGGUCCCGGAGCGCAAAACCACCACUUCCAAGCGAAUUAUGGACAUAUGGGUCAUUUAAACCCUCACCCCGGUUACGCGGCUAGAGAUUUCCUCCUCCGACGCGAUCAUCAUGACUUUCCCACCGCCCAAACCGCUCCUAGUGACUCUAUGCUGUUCCAUCAUCACUCGGAGAUGCCUCCGCAUCACAACCUGCACCUAGCUCCUCACCACCAAGUGCUCUACUCUCGGACUGAUCACCACGCGGCCUAUCACGCCCAGCCUAACCCCCAGUAUAUUAACCAUCACGCUAUGGCGAUGCCUCACCAUCCCGGCAACCUCCACGGAGGUUUUUUCAAGUAUAUGAGGCCGAUCAAGCAAGAGAUGCAGUGUUUGUGGAUAGAUCCUGAUCAGCCACCCCCUAAAAAGAUUUGCGGGAAGCAUUUUACGACCAUGGCGGAGAUUGUAGGGCAUUUGGGGGUGGAGCAUGUGGGGGGACCGGAAAUAACGAACCACGCGUGCUACUGGCAGAACUGUUCGCGGAACGGGAGGCCGUUCAAGGCGAAAUAUAAGCUGGUGAACCAUAUCAGGGUGCACACGGGGGAGAAGCCUUUUCAUUGUCCGUUUCCAGGGUGUGGAAAGGUGUUUGCGAGGAGUGAGAACCUCAAGAUACAUAAAAGGACGCAUACAGGCGAGAAACCCUUCAAGUGCGAAUUCGAGGGCUGCGACCGACGCUUUGCCAACAGCUCCGACCGGAAGAAGCACUCGCACGUCCACACCUCCGACAAGCCCUACAACUGUCGCGUCGCGGGUUGCGACAAGUCCUACACACACCCCUCCUCACUCAGGAAGCACAUGAAGGUGCACGGGAUGAGCGGGAGGUCACCUCCUCACUACGACUCCGAUGGUGAGGAGAGCAACACUUCCAGUGCGGGUUCCAUCUCGGUGGCCGUGAGUCCGCACGUGCAGAACUCUGGUGGGCUGCAAGUGCCUGGAGCGACCUCGAUCAGUGACUGGUACACGGGGUGUCAGCCUCCGGGACCCAACAGUCAUACGGAACAUUUGAGUGGGCUGGGGGGUCCGUUUAGUGGGUUGCAUCAUCACACGGGGGCGGCCACGGCGUAUUAGGGUUUAAGUGAUGUUGAGGAUUAUUGUCCAGUUGAAAUGUUAUACACGUUGAAAUAAAUAAGUCUUUGUGGAGAUAACAGAGCGGAUAGAACUGUUAUUUGAAGAAUAACAGGUUUCUUACAGUUGGGGGUUGGAAUCUUAAAAUUGAUCUUAUCUCAAUCUUUAAAUCACUGUUUUACCACAAUACACCAAAACACUUUACUUUUAUACUUGUCGCGCGUUUUGCUAACUAAGUUUUGCAUCAUCA